AUGAAGUCCGUGGUCAAAAUUUCUGGCGCAAUUGUGCUGGCCGCCUCAGUGGUUUCGGCCCAGAUUGACCAAUUCCCAACCUGCGCUUAUGAGUGCCUUAGUCAACUGAACGUGAUCGCCGGCUGUGGGAAUACCGAUUACCCAUGUUUCUGCGCCUCAAAUGCCUUCAUCGAGGGAUUCAACCCGUGUAUCUCAUUCGCCUGUCAACCAUCGGACUACCAGGCCGUCAGUGAUGCCGCAGAAGGGUUAUGCUUAGGAGCCGGUGUCCCAGUAACUGUAACCGUCGAAGCCCCGGCCGCUACUCGAACUCCUCCUCGGGAAUUGGCCAACUUCCCAGGCUGUGCUCGCGAUUGUGUCAGCCAACUGAAUGCUAUUGCCGGCUGCCGAGAGACAGACUUCAGAUGUUUCUGUGCAUCAAAUGCAUUCCUUGCCGGUUUCAACCCUUGUAUAUCCCUACUCUGCGAUCCACAGGAUUUUGGCGCUACUAGCGACGCUGCUGAGGAGCUUUGUGCGAAUAAUGGCGUUACUGUUACCGUUACUGCUACGUUUACUCCUCCUCCACAGCCAACUUCUCCACCAUCUUCUUCUGCUCCAGCGGAGACAACCGAGCCUUCUGAGACCGAGCCUGCGGAAACUACAGGAGCGGAAGAAACCGAGCCUGCGGAAACCACUGGGCCUUCCGAGACCGAGCCGGCGGAAACUACAGGAGCGGAAGAAACUGAGCCUGCGGAAACCACUGGAGCCGAAGAGACAUCGGAGCCAGCCGAGACCUCGGGUCCUGAGGAAACUAGCGCCCCCGCCGAGACUACAGCGCCCGAGGAAACUAGUCCUGCUGAGACAACUAUGGCGACCGUACCUGCUACUACUGCUCCACCAACAACUGGAAACCGCACUACUACCGGCGCUGGGUCUACACCAACGACCAAUGGUGGUGCUACUCACACUGCAUUUGCUGGUGUUCUCGGGGCUGCUCUUUUCAUUGGCGCCAUCCUCUUGUAG